CUAUGAUUGUAGAAUCGCACUGAUUGGUCCAUUGGUGUUAAUCUUUGUUGAUUUGACGAAUAAUUAUCGAACAAUAAAUGACUCUUUUCAACUACUUUUAUCAGUUAAAUUUUAAUUUUUAUUAACUGUAUCAGUCGUAUUAAUAUGGUUUUGGUAAUGGGAUAUUGUUUUUAAGAAAAAUCCAUUGUAUUCAUUUUUCUUACCAAAAAUGAUUCAAAAAUGUGCUUCUCAAGAUAAAACAAAGAAGGCCACUUAUGUUUCUUGUAUUAAAAUAAAUGGAAUUCCAAUACUUCCACCAUUUGUUACUUUUGAGAAAGCAAAAGAACUACAAAAAUAUAAGAAGGAAGCUAUUGAGAUUGAAAAACGAUUGAAAUGUGAAGAAACUCUACGAAAUUACAUUAAUAAAUACUAUUCUUCCAAUUGUCCUGUACCUUCAAGAACUAUAGAAUCGAACUUAACUUGCGCUGAUAUUUCUUUAAAUAAUAUACAGGACAGAUCUUUCAAUAAUAAUGCUUUUCAAUCAAAUAAUAUUAGUUCAAGUCCUUCAAAAGAUGUUGAAGAAAUAAAAGCCUGCACAAGAAAAUAUUCCUUAGAUUUUCAAGGCCCCAGAGAAUUGUUUACCUGUGAUAAUGUUAAAUCAACUGAUUCUAAUUAUACUGAAACUAACCAAUCUUCUGAAAGAAUAAGCCCCAAACCGCAUUUAAUACGAAGUAAUUCUUAUACAUUAGAAUCUCCUAGUCCCAUACUGAUUAAAUGUUUACAAAAGAAGGGUAAGUUGACUAGUGCCUUUAAUUUGGGUGAUUUAAAUGGUACUCGAAAUUGCAUGGAUAAAAUAAAUCCAAAUAAAGGAUCUGAUACUGUCACAAGAUCUGAAAAAUUAUUAAUAAAGUCUCGUGAUUGUGAAGAAAUUUUACAAAACAACACAAUCUGUGAUAAUUCAAAUACUUUACCCAAUAAAGACAGUGGAUUAAGAAAUGAAACUGCAGUUAUGUUUGAUAUAUCUACAUCAAUACCUUAUGAGAAUAGGCUACAUAUGAAAGAAAAAAAAUAUUUUGAAGGUAGUAAUACUGAACAGGAAUCAAGUAAUAAUGAUCAAUACCAGAAUAAAAUUGUUGAAUUAUUAGAAACAUACAAAAAACAGCAGCAACAAAGAUUGGAGUCAUAUGCAAAGUUAAAAGGAUCUUUGCUUGGUGAGAUAGACAAUAUUUUUGCACCAACAAUUGACAAAAAUAAGUUCAGUGUUACUUUAAAAAAUCAUGAAAAAAGUAUUGAAGAUGACUCUUUGGAAAGCAGCUUUACUAACUGUGAAAAUCAGCACAAUCAAAGUUUAAAUGUCCAUAAAUGUGUACCUGAUAGAUGUUCUCCGACUGAAAAAACUCUUUUGGAUAGUGUCAGAUCAAAUGACAACAGUUUCAGCAGCCAAACUGUUUAUUUCAGUGAUACAUGUUCAGUUGAUACUUCAAAUAUAGAUCCAAAAACAGAUAUUCUUAUAGAUUUAAGUGAAAAUGAUCAAAAUCAAAACAAUGUGCCUUCUAAUAUUGUCCAAGGAACUCCAGAGUAUAUCAGCAACAAACAAGUGGAUAUCCUUGAUAUGGACAUUUCACCAGUCAUAUUAGAUAAUGUUAAACUUUUAGGAAAACAAAAUUUGGCUAACAAUAAUCGCCUGUCAGUUGCUGCAAUGGAUAAACAACAAAAAUAUGCAAUCCAGGAAAAUGCGGCCACCGUUAUAUGUGCAGGUGCAAGAGGAUAUUUAAUUCGUAGAUUGAUGAAGACAGAACGAGUCCAGCUACUUAUCCAAACGAUUAAGGAUGCAUUACUAUGUGCUAUGGAGUUACAUACGGAGCCUAUCAAUCGAAUCCGACCAGCAGAUAUAGAUUUGCAUCGUCGUCUGAUUCAGCAAGUAACUGCAGCUUGUUAUGAUUUUCACGAUAUAUUUUUUACGUUAUCAAAAAAAGAGCAAAUGUCUAUAAUUGCUGUGGAUAGGCACAAGAAGAGAAUGAAAAAGCCCCUUUUGACUCCAAAUUCAAGGAAAUCCGCAAAAAUAAAAAACCAUGUCAUAACAUCCAAAUAUAAGCGUAGUCAUAAAUAA